AUGAAGGUGCCAAGUGGUCACACUGUGUCUAAAGCACCAGCUGAGGACAGCAUGGACGCAUUCAUUGGAUCAUCCCCAGCUGACAAAUCGGGACUUUCCCUCAUUCUGCCACCAAAUGCAAAUCCAUCUGCUAACCCUUCCUCAAAUGAAAACAUUAACCGAACUAGAUGGAUGAAUUUGUUUCGUCGGAUGCAGAAAAGAAGCAUGGAUUCCAAUAACACUGUUGCACAUCCCAAGAGGCCCUUGUUUGGACAGCCUCUCCCUGUCAUUUGUGAUGAAAUGGGCAAUCUUCCAAAACCCAUCAUAGAGAUUCUCACACUGCUUUUGAGAAAGGGCCCGUACACAGAGGGUGUGUUCAGAAAAGCCGGCAACGCCAGGAUGCUGAGGGAAAUCAAGGACCAACUUAACAAUGGAAUAGAAGUGGACCUGAAGGACAGGCCUGUCAUUCUACUCGCUGAUCUCCUCAAGGAUUUUUUGAGGCAGCUACCUGGCAGGCUACUGUUGACAGAGCAGUCCCAAGCCUGGAUGGCUGCAAUGGAAAAACAAGAUGAAAAUGAAAAAUAUGCAGAACUAAAAAGGGUGGUUGAUAAGCUCCCUCAACCAAACAUCAUCCUUUUGAAACACUUAAUGGUUGUACUCCACCACAUAAGUAAGCAUGCAAAUACAAACAAGAUGGAUUCCAGCAAUUUGGCUCUCUGUGUUUCUCCCAACCUGCUCCUGCAAACCGACAAAGUGGAAAUGAUGACAAAGGUCUCUGGUCUAACACAGUUCCUCAUUGACAACUGCUGUGAAAUAUUUGGAGAGGAUCUUCUGACACUCCUUGGAGAUUCAUAUGAUGAAGAACUCGAUAACCAAGAUGAGUUACAUCACAACGACUCCGCCUAUGAAAGCAAUGACCCCGAUGCAGAAGGGGACAAGGGCAGCUGUAAUGAUGUGAAGUCAGUCACCUCCAAUGUUCUAGAUGAGGGCAGGUCUAACUACAAGCCUUCCUCUUCUCCUUCACCAGCAGCAAGACAAACCUUCAAGCCCUUUACCCGUCGUUCCUCUGAACCAGCUAUUACCAACGCCCAAAGUGAAAGAACACAGCCAUGCUUAACCAGAAGUCACACUGAGUCAGACUUUCAAGAAAAAAGUUUGAGGAAGCAGAUCUCAGAUGAAUUUAUUACUAUAGGCGGGGAAAGUACGGUUCUCAAGCGGGACCCUUUUUCAUUUGCCUGCCAAGACUGUUCCCGCUGCUCCUCCAGCUCGCUGGAAAGUGGUGUUUGCAGUGCAUCAGAGAGCCCUGUCUUUGCCAGUUCUCCCCAUGUCUCACCCUGCAGUCGGCGGAAAGCCCUCCAGCGCAAGCAGUCAUUCCCCUCUCAACCAACACAACCCACUCAAACUCAGGUGGAAGUCACCAAAAAACGCUCACAAUCGAUGAAGAGCUCUCGAAACAGAGCAUGCAUCAGUCGAGGUGGAUCAAACAGAGCUGCUGUCAUUAAGGCUCUACGUCAUAGCCAGACUCUUCCAGAGGUCUCUCUUUCUGAAAAAGCUUCUUUUGACCAAUCACAUAAACCCAGACGUCUUUCCAGUUUAGAAAUAUUUCAGCAAGUGGACCGUAAAAACCCGGGUGAACCUCCAUCUUACAAACAAGCUGUUCAAAAUAUCUCCCAUCCUGCCCUUUCACGUGAAAACUCCUUGACUGUGAAGUGUGCUAUGAAUUUGUCACAGCGGUCAUGCCCCUCACAAACUGCAGAGGCAUCAAAUUCCCAUCUAAUGAAUGACUGUACCAACAGAACCAGUUAUCAAGCAGGAGAAACUUUUGCAUCAGAGGCGGCAGAAUCCACACUCAUGUUUAGGGAGAAGUCUACAUCUGAACUUGUUUAUGAAGCAACUCAUGAAAGACUAUGCUGUCGCUGCAGCCAGCCUCUCUUUGAAAAUAUGUCAUAUGUUCGAGAAUCCUAUGUGUGA